AUGUUGACGAUAGCAUGGAUCAUAUUCCUAUCUCCCACAACAACUUCGGCCACGCAGUCACCAACGUCAUCUCUACAUACUCGACAUUAUCCAAACAGUGAUCUACCCAUUUAUCAAGUGGAAAUCGUUGUGGAUGGGCCAUCGCAGACCACCAUUGAUACCCAAUACCAAGUAUGCGCCAAUACAAGUAAUUAUCGCAAUGCAAGCAGCUUGAUGAUGGAGAGUACCAAUGAGGCCAAAACAGUGCACAACAACGACAACAAUGACCUCUCAUUCUUAUCACGUUCCAGUUUCAUGUUAUCAGCUAUGGGUACAAUGGAUCUAAAUCGUCAUCAACCAGCACCCGAUAUCAAUCCAUCUCAUCAUCUAGCUCAUCCACCGUUCUCACCACCACACGAAAUCAUCAGCCAUCUUCAUGCUCUUGCAGCUAUGGAUCGUUUGUGA